AUGGACGCCGGAAGCGAUGAGGCAGUUCAAAAGAAAAUGCAGGAAUUCCUGUCGAAGGAUGCCAUGGAGGAGCUCCGCAACAUCGGUGAUCGAACGGAAAGUCGCGUGCGUCAUGGAUUGCUCCCCCGCGACUACCAGCAGCAGCAACAUCAAAAGGACUAUCAGACGGCUAACGUCACUCACGAGGAAGAAGUAAAUUCCUACAUACAGCAACGGCGCACAUGGCGGGAAAAUGUGUUUUUGCUCCGUGAUUUUGAGUACUGGAGACUCCGAGCAGAAUAUUAUCCAUACGUGCGGCGCGGCGAUGAACAAAAUGACAACUUUUUCAUCCGCGGUAUUGCCUGCCAUCCUCGGCUGAGUGACUACCCAAUGUGCCGCAAACCGAUACAAGAUUACUUUGUGUGCCGCGACAAAAAUAAGAUAUUGCAACUGUUCAACCUGUGUGCCCCAAUGAAAGAGCAGUUCUGCGCAUGCAUUAACGAAGUGUUCGUGAAGAAUCACGAGCGUGGUGACAAGAAGUUUAAUGCACAGCGUAAUGAGUACUUUGAGGAACAGCGAAAUAGGCGACUCUCAAAGAUGAUGGCGCAUGUGGAGGACUCAAUGGAGAAGCGAAAGAAGCUACAGGAUUAA